UACAGUUAAGUUAAAUUUUAGAGCUAAACCCAUAAGCCCUCCGGCGAAAAAGUGUGGACUUUUGUUGUUAGAUCCUUCAAAUUUUUGCGAAAUAAUAUAUGUUUUCUAAUCCAUUGGAAAUUUUGAAUCCGUGAAUCUUCAUCUUCUGUGAAGAUUGAGGAAAGUAAAAAAAGAGAGAUGCAAAAGACGAAAUUUCUAGAUUGGUAUUUGAAGAUCGCAAUUGGAUCGGCAAUUAUCGGUGGAGGCAUGGAAUUCUUCAUGAUCAAGACUGGAUUCUACGACAAGGUUACUGUAUUAGAAGCAGAGAAACGAGCGUAUGAAAAUUCUCCUGAAGCUCAAGCCAUGAGAGAAGCUCUUAAUCCGUGGAGAAACAAGGACGCCGAAGCCACCAAAAGUCCAUAAGAUUAACGAAGAAGAAGAAACUAUUCUCGUCCUUUCGCUCUCAAACUUGCAAUUGCUGCUUCAGUUUCUUCUGUUUGAGAUUUGAAUUUUCAUUUCGCCAUUUUAUCAUAUGCUAAAUGUCUUCCCUUUUCCU